AAUGAGCACUUCAAAUGCCUCUAAAAUCCUCCAUAACAAAUCAAUUCAUGGGAAAACAAUUGAUUGCUGAAGUAAAUGACCUAUUCUACUGCACACAUUGCUCUUCUUAUCAAUAAUGUUCCAUUUGCACUAGUUAAGUCGUGUGUUUAGGGUAAAUGACGCCGUUAGAAAUGUUACGGUAAUUUUGACACAUCUGCUUGGAAUUUCAGCCUGUAUGAGCGAUCAAUGGAUAUUUUUAACUGAAACUUGUCAGCCAAUCAGAGAAGGGGUUCCCUGACUAGAAGACGAAAUAAGAUGGUUGAAGAGAUUUGUUGAGAAUAAUAAAUUUUUACUCUAACUCGAAGGCAUAUUUUGACCGGAUUUUCUAUUGAUAAUAUCACACAAAAACGUUUCCCAACAAGGCCAUUUUUUCUGACACAAAAAAAACUACAUUUUUCCAGAAUCCAUAAUUAAAUUUUCAAAAUUCUUUCUGCAUUGCCAAGGGCCCACAAGACUUAGCAUUUUGACAGACUAUUUUUUUUUCAACUCUUGUCACGUUGCUAUAUAAACCAACCAGCCACAAUAUGUGACUACUUGCACAAUCUAAUCAUAUCUAUUAUAAGAGGUGCAUCAAAUAUUCUGCCACUACAAAGGUAAUAUCAUGGUCAGUUUUUAUUGACAGUCACAGAUGUGUGACCUUCACAAUUUCUACCAUUAUUUAUCACACAGAACUGUACAGCACAAACAACUUAAAACUUUGCCAAACAAAUAUAAGUGUUCAUCCAAAGAAUUCCAGACCAGAUCGAUUGUGGUGCAACAACGUCCGCCACCGCCGCCGUUAACCUCCAGGGCUCCGGUGGAGAUUCAGCUACUGUGGGUUGAAGACGAAGGAGAGGUGGAAAGCGGGUUCUUCAGCAGAAAGAGAAGAGGAAAUCACAGAGCCUGUAACUGAAUGUGGGGACUUUGAAUGUUGGGACUAUUGACAAGAAAAGCUCGGAAGUUCGUUGAGAUGAUGAUGAGGAGAAAGGUUGGUAUACCGUGUGUCCAGGAGGCCAGGUGGAAAGGCAGUAAGGCUAGAAGUUUAGGGGUAGGGUUCACAUUAUUUUACUAUGGUGUAAAUGGGACGAGAAAUGUAGUAGGGGUGAUUUUAAAGUAAGAGCCAGCUAAGAACCUCUCGGAGGUAAAAAGAGUAUCAGAUCGAGCGAUGAGGCUGAAACUUGAAAUUGAUGGUGUUUUGUAUAAUGUAAUCAGUGGCUAUGCCCCACAGGUAUGAUGUGACAUAGAGGUGAAAGAGAAAUUCUGGAAGGAGUUGGACGAAGUAGUUCUGAGCAUCCCAGACAGAGAGAGGGUUGUGAUUGGUGCAGAUUUGAAUGGACAUGUUGGUGAAGGAAACAGGGGUGAUGAAGAAGUGAUGGGUAAAUCCGGUAUCCAGGCAAAAGGUGUGCCAUUGUUCCCCUGUAUGGACUGCAGCUGCGUAUUUAAGAAGUUGGGCAGUUUGAAUGCACACAUCGGCAAGAUGCACAUCUCUGUCAUUGAUGUGCCUUCCAGCACUUCGGAGACAGACGCAGCAGGUCCUGCAGGGUCAGACGGUGGAGAGGCAGUCACAGAUGUCAUCCAGCAGCUACUAGAACUCUCUGAGCAAGUCAAUGGGGAGACAGCCCAGCCCCAACCCCCAGAGCCAGCUGUUGCCAUGGAAAGCGCCAUUAACCAAGACAUCCUACAGCAAGCUCUCGAGAACAGCGGGCUGAGUGUAGCCCCAACUCAGAAUGUUGAUGCCAAUGCCAGAGAGCCUCAGAACCAGACAUCUGAUGGCACUAGUGCAGAAAUGAAAAAAACACCGCUUCUAGACAAACCUGUCAGAGAAAGAAAAAGAAGCAUUUUCAAGAAACCUAUACAAAUGCCAGGCUCCAUCAGGGAGGAAAAUGGCAUCCGCUGGCAUGGAUGCCCUUACUGCUCCAAGGAAUUUAAGAAGCCCAGCGACCUUGUCCGUCACAUCCGCAUCCAUACCCAUGAGAAACCUUUCAAGUGCAAACAGUGCUUUCGGGCCUUUGCUGUCAAGAGUACCCUAACAGCCCAUAUGAAAACUCACACAGGCAUCAAGGCAUUUGAGUGUCAGUGCUGCCUUAAGUGCUUCUCUACUUCUGGGAGCAUGAAGGUACACAUGCGACUGCAUACGGGUGUUCGUCCUUUCUCCUGCCCUCACUGCGAUAAGAUCUUUCGUACAUCAGGACACAGGAAAACACACAUUGCCUCUCACUUCAAAAGCUUACAGCAGAAGAGGCAUAGGUUUCCACGAAAAACAAACAAAGCCAAAGCAUCUAAGAGUAAUUUACCACUACCUGACAUCCCACUGCAGGAGCCAAUUCUCAUUACGGACUUUGGCCUCAUCCCAUCUCAGAACCCUCGCCUGGCAUUCCAACAGUACCUGGAGGUGGUGGGCAGCGAUCGUCCAUACAAGUGCCAGUUCUGCAAUAAGGCCUAUAAGAAAUCAAGUCAUUUGAAACAGCAUGUUAGAUCUCAUACAGGAGAAAGGCCAUACAAGUGUGUGCAGUGUGGUCGGGGUUUUGCCUCCUCAGGGGUUCUCAAGGCGCACAUACGGACCCACUCAGGACUGAAGGCAUACAAGUGUGUCAUGUGUGAUACAACGUUCACCACCAGUGGUAGCCUACGCCGUCACAUGACGACCCAUAGCGACCUACGACCUUACAUGUGCCCCUACUGCCAGAAGACCUUCAAGUCAUCUCCAAACUGCCGGAAACACAUGAAGACACACAGAUAUGAACUGGCUCAGCAAAUGCAGCCUCAUUCAGCUGAAGACCCCCUAGAAGCUGGAGCAGUGCCCCAUGAUAUGCAGGUGGAGAUUGAGGGAAACUCCCUUCAGCACCCACCCGGACGUUCAAGUGAGCAAGAAAACAUGCUGGAACUUGGCCAAGCAGAAGGUGUAAAUGGAGGCCAGCCGGUGACAUUAGAAGCACAGUUGAGAGACCAACCACUGGUGCAAGAAGAAGACUCCUAUGUGACUACCCCACAUGCUUUGCCUCAGAAUAUCACCCAGUUUGAGACGUCAACACUCCCUCAGGCCACAUUUGACCAGCAAGCUUUAACACAAGGCUUUACCAUGACAGAAUCAAGUUACAAUCAAAGCCAGUUUUCCACUGUCCAGCAGCUACAGGAUUCCAGUACCCUGGAAUCUCAGGCCCUGUCAUCCAGCUUUCACUCUCCCAGUUUGCUUCAUGUUCCCAAUGCUGAAGUGACAAAUGGGCUUCUGCAGCAGAACAGUCAGGGAGACCUACAACUGGACAGUGAGCCACAUGACUACCAGGAGGACAGUGAAGGCAACAGCAAGAGAGCAUACAGGUGCAGUUGGUGUAAUAAAGGCUUCAAAAAGUCAAGUCAUCUAAAACAACAUUUGCGCUCCCACACUGGCGAGAAGCCAUUCAGAUGUCACCUCUGUGGAAGAGCUUUCGUAUCAGCUGGGGUGCUGAAAUCCCAUCUGAACACACAUACAGGAGUGAAGCCCUUCAAGUGUAACGUUUGUGACGCCUCCUUCACAACCAAUGGCAGUCUGAACCGCCACAUGAUUAUCCACGUCAAGUCAUUCAAAUGCUCAAUGUGUGACGAGAGCUUCAGGACAAGCCUGCUGUGUAAAAAGCACAUGAAAAAAGAGCAUGCUUUAGAAGAUCAAAUUAUUGGUUUGGAAGAUCAAGAUGUGGAGGAGGAUGAAGACGAAGAAGAUGACGGGGAUCAAAAAACAUCGAAGAGACGGGGAAUGGAAAUCAUCACUUUCACAGAGGAGCAGGCAGCAGAACUGGCAAAGGAUCCUGGUGAGGAGGCAUCCGUGUCAGAGCGAAUCCUUUCCCAGUCUGCAGCUGAGAGGGAUCGGAUCAGUGAGAUCAAAGACAAAGCGGUGGUGCUGGAGACAGAACCCAAGUUUCCGAACUGCUGCACUUUCUGCCCCAAGAGCUUCAAGAAGCCCAGUGAUCUUGUCAGGCACAUUCGAAUCCACACUGGAGAAAGACCGUACAAGUGUGAUGAAUGUGGGAAGAGUUUUACUGUGAAAUCGACUCUGGAUUGUCAUGUGAAGACACACACAGGUCAGAAACUGGUCAACUGCCACAUGUGCAACACUUCCUUCUCUACAAAGGGUAGCUUAAAGGUGCACAUGCGGCUCCACACUGGCUCCAAGCCUUUCAAAUGCCCGUUUUGUGACCUUCGCUUCCGAACUUCUGGGCAUCGCAAAACCCACAUCCAAUGCCACUUGCGGGCUAAUGGCGAGAGCCGCAAGUCCAAACGGUCUUCCUCGUCUUCUGCUCAGACCCGUCAAAGUCAAGACACAGGGCAUGAUGGGGCCUCAGGACACGGCCAGCAUACGACAGUAUCAGAGGCACUUCAGACUGUGGGGCUGCUCCAAACCCCCAACUCUGACAACAUCUACCUCCCAGCAAACCAAGUGCUGACUGGGCAGUUUGACCAGAAUCUGUUACAGUCGGGCCUGGUGGGACAGGCAAUUCUGCCUACCUCAAUGUCAGAUGUGAAUGUGUCCCUAUCAGAUGGGCUGACCACACUUGAAGGGAUUCACCUCCAGUUGACUCCUGCCAACUUGGUGUGCCCGAAUGUCCAGAUCUCUGGCAUCGACACGAGCAACUUAAACAACAUAACACUUCAGAUAGACCAUGCCCUUCUCCAACAGACGCUACAGCAGGGGGGCCUUCUCUCACACCCUCUGAGCGUUGACACUGGUCUUGUCCUCCACUCUAGCAGUCAGCUCAUGUCUUCUAGUGACCCAUCUGUGUCAGCCAAUCUUGUCCUCCAGCCCCUGAGCAGCCUGGGCCUGCAACCCUCCACCAUCACCCCUGCCCAGGUCACAAUGCCUGGCCUCUCUGAGCAGGACACUGCAGGCUCUCAGGACCUGAGCCAUGUCAUGGGCAGCACUGGGUUGGUGAGUGGAGGCACAGUCAGUCAGGAGAUUACGCUCACUAUCAACAAUUCCAGCCUCACACAUGCUCUAGCGCAAGUACAAGCAACAGCUUCUGGUUCCAACACCGCAUCAGGAAACCCUCAAGAGAUCACGCUCACCAUAUCAGGUCAAGAUCUACUCCCCCAGCACAGCAACAAUGCAGAGAUGAACAGCAGUCUCAGACUGGCAUCACCACUUAUAGGCCAACCCACUAACGCCACCCUGACUAUCACCAAUGACCACCUUCUACCUCAGAACCCCACCAACACUGCAAUGGCUGUCACCAGUCUUCCUUCAAGCACCUCACUGUCACACACCACUUCAUCUCAAAGCCUAGUAUUGUCACCUGGAGGUGUGGCCAAUGAUGGUAGCGUUACACUAACCCUAGCAGACGCCCAGGGUAUGCUGGAUGGUGUUACUGUAAAUCUCAAUACACAGGGUCAGACAUGCCCUGCAGUGCUGAGUGACUCCAAUCUACAACCAGGGCAACCAGCAAUUGCAGGCCAGCCGAUCAUACUGGUCAGCCAUCAUUCCCAAUCUGUGAUGGGAACAUCUGACAAUGGAUAUAACCCAAGAAAUGAUAGCCACAAGAGCAGGAAGGGUCACCCCACGGAGGCUGAUAAUCGGCACAAAUGUUUCUACUGUAAUCUCGUUUGCCCAAAUGCCAACUCACUACGCCAUCACUGUAGACAAGCUCAUAGUAAAGACCGAUGCCACGUCUGUAGUAUCUGCAACAAAGCUUUUAAGAGAGCAAUGCACCUUAAGGAGCAUGAACGAGUUCACCAGCCAGGCCCAUCGCUUAGCUCCCUCAAACCCAGAGUCUUCAGCUGCUCCUCGUGCGGGAAGGCCUUCCCGAAGCGCAGUCAGCUGGAGAGACACAACCGCACACACACAGGCGAGCGUCCCUUCAAGUGUCUUCAAUGCGACAAAGCCUUCAACCAGAAGAGUUCUUUGCAAGUGCACAUGGUCAAACACACAGGAAAGAAACCCUUCAAGUGUGAGAUAUGUAGCAUCCGAUUCACUCAGAAGAGCAACAUGAGACACCACAUGAAGCGAGCCCACGGCUACGGUCAAAUUCAGGAUAUGACUCUGCGCCAAGAAGACCCAACCACUCAAGUCACUGUAACCUCGGAGCUAGACCUGGAAGUGGUCCCUGAGUCAUCUGGAGAUUGGCAUAAUGUUUUCCCAUGAGUCAUCCCAGAUCACACAAAUCCAAAACAGGUUAUAUUGUAUACAAUGCGUGUGAUCAGAGAAAAAGAAAACAGGUUAUAUAUUGCACAUUGUUGAGUUUGAAAAAAAAAAACUGCUAAUUUUUACCAAACAUCAUCUUGCCUUCAAAAUGAUUACAUUGGGGGGGAAAGAUAUUGCCCUUCUAUCUAUAGAUGCUAUUUUCUGUCACUGCUUUUCUCACUGUGAGGCUUUGAACAAUCUCAUUUUGACACAACCAGUCAGAGAAAAUGUAGAAUCAAUCAAUAAAAAAAAAUGUACAAUGAUAUGUCCUUAUAGUUUCACGAUACCAUAUUAGAAUUAAGUAAUAGUUCAUGUUUUUAAGUGUUGUAGGGUUAAAAUGUUGACUUUACUAGUAUUUCAAUGGGUCCCCUAUGAAGGGUUCAUUUAUGAAUUUCUCAAAUUCUCUUGAGAGGUUUGUUUAGGUAAGUAUGGGCAUUAAAGAGAGCUGGGAAAGUAGACUGGUUUUUCGAAUGCGAAAAAGGAAAGUGUAGCCUAAAAAAAGCCUCGCAGAGAAUGAGAGACUUUAUUAACGGUCUGCUCACUGGGACGAAUGCACCCAACGGUACUGCUGCCGUGGCUUCCAAAGCAGCUUAACAAGAGCAAAUUUUUUCUCCCCAACUGUUGAUUUUAUUACUUGGUCUUAUACGGACAUUUAUAGUAAUAAAUGUUUAUAGUGUAUAUUUUUUGGUUUGUUUUUCUGCUCCUUUUGUAAAUAGUGAAUUAGUUUUGUUUAUAGUUGAUCUUCUGCAGAAUGGUUGUAUUUUGAGCCUACUGAGCUUACUGUAAAGCAGACAUCAGUUGUUUUCUAUUGUCCUUAAGAAAAGAUGAUUAAAGUAAUUUUUAUAUUAUCUGAAA